AUGGUUAGAAAAUGGUCUAGAGAUCGUGAUGAAAGACAACCAAAGGCCAUUUUAUUCAUAAAUGAACCAACUAUAACAUUAAGUAAAUGGACCAAAUCUUAUCAAUUCGCCAAAAGUCCAAAAACAAUUAUAGAGUAUGCAUCAAAAGCUACCGAUGAGAUUAAUUAUUAUGUACCAGCAGGUGCAAUUGAAAAACUAACAAAAACGCAAGUAAACAAAUACAAAAAACAAAAAUGGAACAACUUUGAUGAUUACAAAGAAUCAUUAAAAAUUUGGAAAGUAACCUUACCCAACAAUCCAUCUCUUUGGAAAAAAGGAUCUUGUAACUGCUCAUCAUUUUUCAAAGAAUUUGCUUGCAAACAUGUGAUAGGGCUUGCAAUACGACUAAAGUACUGUACACCUCCACCUGCAGCUAAAGAUGUAAAAAUAGGUGAAAAAAGAAAACGUGGUCGUCCUAAAAAGGCAACUAAAGCUUUGUUAACAAAAUAA